GAAAAUCGGGAGGAAAAUCGUCACUGCCUGCCUCACUGUUGGUUCUAUUCUGCGCGUGAAAAGACACGGGGUUCGUUCCUCGCGCGUAUCGCGGAAUCGCGGCCGGACCACUUUUUUGCUGAGGAGGAGGAAAAAUAAGGUUUUUGACUCGAAGUGUUGUGAUUCGAAAAAUCCACGAGCCCAGUGAAGCUUGAAACGAAGCAGAAGAAACAAGUUCAAACGAAGCGAUUUGGUGCAAACCGGAGCGGUUUUUGUUCCAUUUUUGACAGUUCUCAAACCCACCGUGUGUGUGUGUGUGCGAGUUUGUGUGGCGUGGAGUAUCGAUUUUGCGAGAGCACCGUGUUUCCCCAAACAUUUUCCACUGUGGACCAGUGCGAGGAAGCGCUCCUCUUCAUCAUAGAGAGCACCCGGAGCGGCGGCGGGACGAGGAAGGACGAAGGAUUCAGGAUGCCCGUCAAGAAGCAAGAGGCACACAGGGCCCUCGAGCUGCUCGAGGACUACCACUCGCGGCUCUCGAGCCCCCAGGAUCGCGCCCUCCGGAGUGCCAUCGAGCGCGUCAUCCGGAUAUUCAAAUCGCGGCUCUUCCAGGCACUGCUCGACAUUCAAGAAUUCUACGAGCUCACACUGCUGGACGACUCGAAAUCAAUCCAGCAAAAGACCGCCGAAACGUUGCUAAUUGCCAGCAAGUGGGAACAGGACAAUGCCGUCAAAGCGAACGAGAAUGGCACCACCACCACCACCAACAAUCAUGUCCCCAAACCCCCAAUGGCAAAUGGCAACAAAAGGCAGCAACUGCAACCUCAAUCGCCGCCCCUCCAGCAGCAGCAAGAGCAUCUCGAAAAUCAGGCGAAUCGCAUUAAGCAACAGGAGCAGCAGCAGCAGCAACAGCUAGCUAUUCAGCAGCAGGCCCUCGAGCAGCAGGAGGAGGAAAAGCCGGUUCCCACCAUCCUCGCGGAGACGCCGUCGCCGUCGCGCUACCCCGGAACCAGAGUCAACACAUCAAACUCGAGCGAUGCCAAACAGCUCAAUGGUGACGCGGUGUGGGAGUACGACUACAUUGCGCUGGUCCGGGGCACGACCGGACUCGGUUUUUCGAUAGCCGGCGGCACGGACAACCCGCACAUCAACCUGGACGCGUCGAUCUACAUCACGAAGGUGAUCCCGGGUGGGGCGGCCUACGCCGACGGUCGGCUGCAGGUCAACGACUGCAUCGUGUCCGUCAACGAAAUGUCCGUGGUGAACGUGACCCACGGCGAGGCGGUGGACGCGCUCAAAAAGGCCGGCGACCGGGUCACGUUGCACAUACGACGGAAACGACCUCCGGCGCAGGCCCCCAAAACGGAGGAGAUCGACCUGAUCAAGGGUGGCAAAGGGUUGGGCUUUUCGAUUGCCGGCGGAAUCGGCAACCAGCACAUCCCCGGAGACAACGGAAUCUACGUCACCAAGAUCAUGGAGGGCGGGGCGGCCCACGUCGACGGGCGGCUCGCCGUCGGCGACAAACUGAUUGCCGUGCGGACGUCCGACGGCGAGCGGAAUCUCGAAAACGUAGUCCACGAGGAAGCGGUCAGCACGCUGAAGGCCAUCACGAACCGGGCCACGCUCCUCGUCCAGAAGACCAACAUCCUGCAGGCCCUCGCCAACUCGAUCGGCAACCUCAACUCGCUGUCGACGAGCGCCAUGAACCAGGUCGGCCAAAGUGUCGUGGAUAAUGCGGGAGCGGCGGCGUCCUCGACCGGCGACCUCAAUCGGUCCCAUUCGCCCAACAGCAACAACAACAACAACAUGAUCAACAUGCUGGACAAUGCGUCGUCGCGGUACGCGUCCUCGAAUCUGCUCGAGUCGGGUCUGCCGGUUGGGACGCCACGGGCCGUUAGUCACGAGGAUAUCGCGAGGGAACCGAGGACGAUCGUCAUCCAGAAGGGCCCAUCCGGACUUGGGUUCAACAUUGUCGGAGGAGAAGAUGGACAGGGUAUCUUUGUGUCAUUCGUGCUGGCCGGCGGUGCCGCGGAUCUCGGCGGCGAGCUCAAACGGGGCGACCAGCUGCUCAGCGUAAACGGAGUUAGCUUGAACGGGGCGUCGCACGAGGAUGCCGCCCAGGCUCUUAAGAACGCCGGUGGAACCGUCACGCUGGUCGCACAAUACCGCCCGGAGGAUUACAACCGGUUCGAGCAGCGGAUACAGGAGCUGAAGCAACAGGUCGUGGCCGGAACCGGAACGCUCCUGCGGACAUCACAGAAGAGGACACUUUACGUGAGGACCCUCUUCGACUACGACCCCAAUCGGGACGAUGGGCUGCCGGGGCGUGGGUUGCCGUUCCGCCACGGGGACAUUUUGCACGUGACGAACGCGUCCGACGACGAGUGGUGGCAGGCGAGGCGCGUCAUUGGGGACGACGAGGAGGAAAGCAUCGGGAUUGUGCCGUCGAAGCGGCGCUGGGAGCGGAAGCAGCGGGCGCGCGACCGGAGCGUAAAGUUCCAGGGACACGCCGGCGGGGGCAACAUGGAGAAGGUUUCCACCCUGGACCGGAAGAAGAAGAACUUUUCGUUCUCGCGGCGGUUCCCGUUCAUGAAGAGCAAGGACGACAAAAACGAGGACGGCUCGGACCAGGAGCCGAAUGGCAAUGUGUGUGAUCAGAAUAAUCAUGACUCAGAGCAACCUUUCAUGCUUUGCUACACGCAAGACGACGCAAACGCCGAAGGGGAAAUAAUCUACCGCGUGGAGCUUCCCGACAUGGAGCAGAUAACUCUAAUUUACCUGGAGAAUAAUGACGCUGAUUCCGAGGAGAACAUCCUGUCGUACGAGUCGGUUCAGCGCCUGUCGAUUGCCUACACCCGGCCGGUCAUUAUCCUGGGCCCGCUGAAGGAUCGCAUCAACGACGAUCUCAUCUCGGAGUACCCGAACAAGUUUGGCUCGUGCGUUCCCCACACAACUCGACCGAAGCGGGACUACGAGGUGGACGGGCGGGAUUAUCACUUUGUGGCGUCCCGCGAGCAGAUGGAAAAGGACAUCCAGAACCAUCUGUUCAUCGAGGCGGGCCAGUACAACGACAAUCUGUACGGCACGUCGGUGGCGUCGGUGCGGGAGGUGGCGGAAAAGGGCAAACACUGCAUCCUGGACGUGUCCGGGAACGCGAUCAAGCGGCUGCAGGUGGCGCAGCUCUUCCCGGUGGCGAUCUUCAUCAAGCCAAAGUCGAUCGAGUCGAUCAUGGAGAUGAACAGACGAAUGACGGAGGAACAGGCCAAGAAGACUUACGAGCGGGCAAUCAAGAUGGAGCACGAGUUUGGGGAAUAUUUCACGGCCAUCGUCCAGGGCGACACGAUCGAGGAGAUCUACAGCAAGGUGAAGAACGUGAUCUGGAGCCAGAGCGGUCCGACCAUCUGGGUGCCGUCGAAGGAAUCUCUAUGACCGCAGGCGAACAUUACCUGGACGCUGCCACCAAAUAUGCGCGCCCGGCCCGUCUCCCGGUCAUCCGGAGGUGGCGGCGGCGGAGGCGGAGGUGGCAAU